AUGUCAAUAGGCGAAUUGAACGCACGCGACAUCGGCUACCAAGCUGUUUUUAACAAAGCCGGCGAGCCGGUGGGUGGCAUUCCGGAGGCCGGAUCCCAACUGUCGCAGCCCCGGUCUAUCUGCCAUAGCAACGUCAUGUUCUCCUCUGUGUUGGAACUUAGCGCUGUCAAACAAGGCCUUGCAGGUUCUGAAAGACGAGACGAGCAGCUGAGAAGUCCUCCUGAUCGCCCGGCAAAGAGUGGUUCAUGGAAUGACUCGCUGAAGUGGUUCUUCUUAGGUGAUGGCUUACAAGGAACAACCACGACCAAGAGCUGGCACUGGAUGACCAUUGACAUUGGCGCAAUGCGCUGUGUGUUGGAGGCUCUUGAGUUGACGCUCGGAGCCCGCAUUCAGGGCAACGGGAAUCCCGACGCGGCACUUAAGCUCGUGGAACCGCCGCUAUUCGCUGCGACUGCCACAAUCGUCAAGCCUCGGGGCAUUGUCUCGCAGUUAAGGGAUGCCGAGUGGGAUGAGAAUGCUGCAAACGAGUUUCUCCAGUUACGAAAGAUACCUCUUUUCGGAGACAUCGCUCUGAGAUCUUCAAGUCAUAUUCGCGCCAGCCCAAUUGCUGUGCCCAACUGCCCAUUACCCAGACGUGAAAUCAAGCGUUGCAUUGCCUUGCAUUGCCGGGACGUUACACUGUCGAUCCCGUUGCAAGGCAGAAUGGCACAGACCGAUAGCUUGGCAAAGGGGUACCCGCAGAGGUGCGCCAUCAUGCCAUUCAAGCAGCAUCGCACAACACGAGAGCGAGACGGUGGCGGCGCCACGACGAUGACUUAA